AUGAACUCGAUCGAGCCCGAACAGACGCCUUUCGAGGCCGUCUCUAUGCACACGUCUAACUUCCAAAGGCGCUACCAAGCUCUCCUCGACCAGUCGACUCCUUUUGUCCUAUAUCGAUGGGUCAGCACCGCAGUCCUUCUCGUCGUCUUCUUCGCCAGGAUUUUCGUCGCGCAGGGAUGGUACAUUGUUGCCUACGCCCUCGGAAUCUAUCUUUUGAACCUCUUCCUUGCCUUCCUACAGCCCAAGUUCGACCCGUCCAGUGAUGCGCUAGAUCAGGAUAUGGAGGACGGUGCUGCCGGUGGCCUCCCCACCAAGAACGACGACGAGUUCAAGCCCUUCAUCCGCCGCCUCCCCGAGUUCAAGUUCUGGUACUGGGCCACCCGCGCCAUCUGCAUUGGCUUCUUCUGCAGCUGGUUCGAGCUCUUCAACGUCCCCGUCUUCUGGCCCGUCCUCGUCAUGUACUGGAUCAUUCUCUUCGUUCUUACCAUGAGGAGGCAGAUCCAGCACAUGCUUUUGGAUAUCCCCAACACCGGCCUCUCUAGCGGACAGUACACAACCCCCGGCUUCGCGUCGCGGCUGGUUCGCGAGCAGCCGUUGAAUAUCGAGGCCGACGCCGAGCUGGGCAUGCCCUUGGACCUGGUGGGCAUGCCCGGAAUCUUUGACGGCGAUGAGAGUUCUAUCCAAGCGCCGAGCGAGAUGCCGCCCGUCCACCCCCACGACAAGGCCCUCCUGCGACCCUUGGCCGCCCUCUCGCGCUCCAAAGCCGGCGACGCCCCACUUGCGUCGUCCCGAGAAGCGGCCCGCACCCGAGCCCGACGACUCCCCGCGAAUAUUCGACGCAAGAUCGAUCACGGCUUCGAGCUGGCGGAGAAAUACCUCGCCGAUCCCACCAAGGUCAAGCACCCGCUCAAGACAAACGCCAAGGUUGUCGACGUGUUUCCAGUGCUUCCCGACCUGGACUCCUUUCCGGAUGCCGGCGCCUACGUCACCGUCAAGUUCCUCAAUGCGCCAGUUCACAGCGGCGCCGCCUAUGACACUCGCCUGCUGAGUGGCCUUUUCAAGCCUUGCGACCGGACGCCUGCCGAAGACGCCGCCUAUGCCGAGGCAAUGGAGUUGUGGGAACGUGACCCGGCGAACCACUCGAAGCCGGCGCCGUGCACGAAUUACGACUACUACCUGACCAACACAUCCGAGGAUGCCAAGCGAUUCCGAGCCAAGUUUGAUGUCGAUAACCCAGAAAAUGACGAGGAGGGACUCUACACGGCGCAGGGCGAAUCUGGUCCUUGCUUCCAGUUCAAUAGGUUGCGAGCUUACGAAACGGUCAAGGAGACCGAGCUGGAUCACAAGACGAAAUACAGCAGCGAGCUCAUUAUUGGGUUUAGCGAUGGUGAUAUAGAAGGCCAAAAGGCAGCCUGGUACUAUCCCGUCAUGCAGCGUUCUACGAUCAGGCCUCAGAGACAGAAGCGCAUUGACAUCACUCGGGGUUAUGGAGCCGAGGACGAGCAGCCAGUGGUCGACCAGCUCGACGUCACUAUCGACGACCCCAGCGAUGAGCUCCGCGAGCACAUGCUCCGCUACAAGGAGCAUCCGCACGAAGAUGACGCGGAGGGGGAUGAGGACGAGUAA